CAUGGACGAAUCUGUACCCAUACUCCUGGAAUCCAGUAUAUAAAUGCGGACCAUUGGGUCGGAAUCAUCAAACUCUUACAUCUCGAAUCCCACCAAACAAUCAAGCGCUACAGCAAUGGACAACUGCGAGAAAUCAAAGCAUCACAUCGGGAACUGCGAGGGACCGGAUUCGGAGUUCAUAAAGUUAGUUUCAGCCGAAGGAGAUGAGUUUAUCGUGAAACGUGAGCACGCAUUCCUCUCGGACAUCAUCCAAGCUAUGCUCUCCGGUCCUGGUCAAUUUGCCGAAUCCGAAACAAAUACGAUCCACUUCAGGGAAAUUUCAUCACCAAUACUCGAAAAAGUAUGUCAGUAUUUGGAGUACAAACAUCGCUACAUGAAUAGCAGCAAUAGCGCACCAGAAUUCCCCAUUGAAUUUAAUAUGGUGCUCCAGCUUUUGUUGGCCGCUAAUUUCCUAAAUAUAUAAAUAUUUAAACUAGUGAGUAGAAAAACUAUAAUUACAACACAAGAACAAUCAUAAUGACCUUUGUUUUGGACAAAUACGGGUAGAAGUAGGAA